AUGGCGAAUCCUAGAAAAUUUAGUGAAAAAAUUGCCCUCCACAACCAAAAGCAGGCCGAGGAAACGGCCGCUUUUGAACAAAUUAUGCGUGAAGUUUCCGACGCAACCAAUAAGGUUAAUUCAAGUAGCAGACGGGCUAGGGCGAAAGAUCCCACACCACCUGUUGAGAUAAUAGAGAUUGACAGUGUACACUCAACUUUGAGGCCCACGCUGCAGAGUUUGGGCACAUUCCGCAGCGGAUCUCUGCCAAAUGUGGCUGCACCACAAGCCACUAAUGCAGAACCAGAGCAGAAGCCUGAAGAAGCGACAUUGGCGACGCAGUAUGGGUUGGGUGGUGGUCAUAGCGGUGGCACGUCCCCCUCCCGCAACCCGGGGCAGAGAGGCCGAGCCUCAUCCUCCGUGGGCCCCAUGCGUCGACCUGCUGAUCGGAAACAUGACACCAGUCCAUAUGGCAGCACUGUUUACCUAAGUCCACCACCGGAUAGCAACUGGCGGCGGACGAAUUCAGACUCAGCGUUGCACCAGUCUUGCGGCGAACAGCAAGUGAAUACACAACCGCUCUCGCCACAUCACCCGUUGCACUCGCACGCCCACCCGCACCUACAUCCGCAUCACAAUCACCGGAGAGGAGACAUACAACUCAACGUACUUUUGGGAAUGAAUCCAAAUAAUCGACCGCGGUCUUCAUGUGAAAUACCCGGUAUACCAAAUAAUAAUAAAGUAUAUGAAAGCGGAGGGGACGGCGGAAUGCUGGGCCCGGGGGGAGGCGGGCUGGCGUGCGGCGAGCUGCAGGUGCCGGGCGGCUCGCUGCCCGACCUCACUUCCGUGCACUUCCCUCCCGCGCACUACCACCGCCCCCCCGCUGCACCGUCGCCUGACUACCACCAGCCCAGAUACAGUCCAACAUCUCCCGGCGCAGUAUCACCAGGCGGAGGCAGCGUGUCCCCUGCGACGGGGGGCCUGUCCCCUGCAUCCGGGUCCCCCGUUGGGGCAACAGUACCCCUCGCCACCACAAUGCAUCACCAGCAUGAUCAUUCACAGCUUUACGAUAUUCAGAAUCACUUAUCUGUACCAAACACAAAUAAUUAUCUUCAUCAUAAUAAGAAUAUGUCACCAUUGGACCACGGGUGGAUACCAUCUGGCUACCAGUCGAAUUGUAGUCCGCCCUCGCAAUAUUCCUCAACGUCAAAUAUCAACAUACCUUCACCUACGAUGGUGCAUAGUCCAGGCAGUCCGGCGGCGGAAUCACCACAAACAACGGACUAUAGCAACUUACACCAGCUAUUACAACCUUUCGAGCAAAUCACAAUGCAACAAGUUGACUGGGCGCAGCUGGUGCAGACCCUCGUGGAGUCGGGCUGGGCCAACACCGUCCAAAUCGUGGAAAGUUUGGAUCAACCCCCUUCAAACUACAAUACGUCGUAUAUGAACCACAAUUCACCACACUCGCCUCAGACAACGAGUUCAGCGCACACCUACCCUCAGUCACCACACCAUCAAGCAUCAAGCACAAUGAGCAGUAUGACUAGUAUGAACAACACGACCAGCAGCGGAUUCGAGCCGCGGCAACGCCCAAGAGAUCCUGUGCCCGGUGGUGGCGCAUUUCCCACGCUACAACCACUCGCCUCACCUUCCGCGCCGCAGACGCCUGCUACGCCCGCCUCCAUACCCGAUAUCAUACUCACAGAUUAUUCGGGAGAACUAGACAGAGAACUAGGCAUAUUCGGUGGCGAGGAAGUAAGUCAAUUGCGAGCCGGUCUAGACCUCGACGACCUCACACUACUGGAAGAACCGAGCGCAUUAUUACCAGACUCGUCUGUCGAACAUGAAUUCCGAUUGGACCGCUUGUAGUACCGUGUCACGCGAUUCGCCCUGUCCCGCUCUAAUGACCAGGUAUUCUGUCCAAUCGCGCUCAGUGGGAGCUACAUUAAAAACGUAGCUAUAGCUUGACUUUCAGUAAAUCAGCAUUCUGUUGGACCGCAGGCCACGAGGAAUGCUCUGUUGACAAAAUUAGUUCUUCUAGUGAUCACUAGGAGAGCUUUACUUACAAAAAAGUCGCUAGUUAUCGACUAAAUUAUUCACACUGUACAAACAAACUCGUGUGCUCAAGAGAGUUGUUUUCCCACGUUCCGAAUACCAUGGAAAAGCCGCGUCGGAAGUGAUUAAGCUAUAAUCUGUGGUUAACAUAAUACGCUAUAAUCUAUUGUUAAAAUAGUGAUCUCUAUUGAAUAUUUUCUAUACAUUGACAGUGUUCUUUUAAGAGUGACAGAUAGCACUCAAUGUUUCUUAUCCCUGAAAAUAUUUUUCGUCAAAACAAAUGGCCCACUAUGAUAUGUUUUUAAGUAAUGUCUCGGUAAUGUGGCUUGACAAAGGCGCAAUUACAAUUGCACUUUUGUCAAGCAACUAUUGAUUAUUUCAAUUUCUUAUUUACUAAUUGUUAAAAGACAUAAUUUGACGAAACUAAAUAUUGUCAAGAUUGUACUUUGAAAAUGUAAACGUUGUAUUGGCGCGAUUGGAUCACCUGGGUUCUGGCUCUUUAUCCCACACUUAUCCAUCCAAGGAAAGUGUCUCUGCUAAUUGGUCAAUAUAUUUCACCAAUCUGCUUUAUAUAUCAACCAGUCGCGACGCAACACGUGAUUCUCGCAGUAAACUUAUAAAAAUUUAAAGCCACGAUCAACUGUCGGGAGUCACAAUCUGCUUUACUGACUGCUGGUGUUGUCUAAACAUUGAUGGUUUUUAAUGAUUAAAAAAACUGAUUUUGUAAUAAAACCAACAUUCGAUUUGUUUUAUACGUAUCAAUUUCAUACAACACUAGUUUUAUUGCAUGACCUUACCAAUGCUUGGUUUAGAUUUAUCAAAACAAUGUGUUAGAAUUUAAGCCGAACAUGUGUAAGACUCAUGUUAAGUCAGAACUUUGAAAAAUAUUAUCCGUGGCGCCGUUAUCCGAUUCGCAUUCCUACUGUAUGAUUCCCUAUUCGAAAUGUUGUAAGGCAAAACUGUCUUUUAUUAUUUUUCUAUGUGAGAUUCGUGUUAGGUUGAAUAUUAGUUACUUUUUAUUUUAUAAUAAAUUGGAUAUUUCACUUUGAAUACUGUACAAUAAUGGUCCAAUAGCGGAGAUCUGGUAUCAUUCGCAUCACAGUCUAUCUAGAGUUAACCUUGUGUUGUAAACUAAAAAAGUAAUGUUUUUUUAUUUAAAAACAAGCUAUAAGCAUAUUUAAUUAUUAAAGUAUGAAAUUAUUUAGUCUAAUACGAAUCGUGUGAAAGCGUGAAUAAAGCCGAGUGCGCGAGUCGCGACGCAAGACUCCCUAUACUUCAUGACAAUUUCUAUCAUUUCAAGUCUGAGUUAGUGAACGUAGGACUCGGUGUAGCAUGUAGUUGUGUAAGUACGGCUAGAAGCUAGGUGCAACAGACGGCCCUAACAUUCCCACCUGUGGCCGAGUGUCGAGUGGUCAGACACGCACCUACAAAUGGUAGGCUAACUGUCAAGAGUGCAAGUGUUCAUUGUGGUUUUAAAAAGUUUUACUCAUGUUUCUAAUUCGGAGGGAUAGGUACGUUAUAGAUAUAGAUUUUUUAAACGAUAAUCGAUCAAUUUAUCGACGAUUGUACAGAAUGAAGUGAUUAUUUUUAAUAAGUAUUGUGAAUAUUUACUCGAAUAUCAUUAGGGAAUUUAAUUCGGAUUUAAUGGAGACAUUUUCUUUAAUAAAUUCUACUUGGGACCUGUGUGGUCGUUUCUUUAUAUAUAAAUAAAACUUGAAAGUGUUCACUUUUAUUGAAAUUGCAUUUAAACCGCUAAUGUUGCAUGCUAAGAUAACAGCGCGCCUCUGUUCGUUAUAAUAAGCACUCGGUGUUUCUCUUUGUCGUUUUUCAAUAUCUCAUUCAGCGAUUGCUCAAGCGUUGACUGAAUAUCAUCUAUCCGAACGAAAUAUGUACGACUAGCCAUUUGUCUUAGCUUUAAUCCCUUGACGUUCAUAUAAUUCGCACGAGCUUCUCACAUGUUAUUUAGCAUGACAUUAUGCCCCAAUUCCUGUAUAUUGUAAUUUUUUAGAAUAACCGUUUUAGAUCGUUGUACAUAAGAAAGAAGUUGUUAUUGGAGUUUUAAUAAGCUUUUGUCGCAAACAUAUCUGUGUAUGUACGUACGACGUUGUGUGGUUGCG